AUCAGAUUUUAUUCAAAGAAACUAAGUACUGGUAAUUCAGUAGAUAUGAAUAGAAGUGCGGUAAAGAUAGCUUUUAUCACUAAACAUCCAUGUUGAACAAAGUGUGUAUAUAUAAUGCAGUUUUUGGUUUCUAAGUUUUAUCUAUAUUAUCUCCUUAAUACAUUACCUAUGUACACACCGAAACUAAGAAUACAGUUUAUCAAGAUCUCGGGAAUUUCGAGAUGUCAAGAGAAUCUAUCAAAACUGCCUCCCGACGAACAUAUUUCAUUUAAAUUGACCUCGAUAAAUUUUCUCUUAUCAUCGAAGUUCUCACCAAAUUAAAUCUUUAAAGUGAUGAACGUUCGAUUUAAUACAACCAAUUGAAAGGAUGGCCUCGAAAGAAAAACAAGAACCUGAAACGCAAAGCCCAACUGGACCAUCAACUGCACAGAAAGUCGUCAAGACUGGCUUUUUGGUUUUUAUAUGGAUCUGUAUAGGUCUAAAUUUGGAAAUAACUGGACCAACACUGAAAGACCUUAAACUUCGUGCACAUCUGGACUAUGAAGAGGUAUCGAGAGCUGUUUCCGGUCGAAGUAUCGGGUUCUUUAUUGGAGCUGCAAUGGGAGGGUUUAUUGUGGAUAAACUCGAUCCUCUCUGUGACCUAGUGCUGGCUAUUUGUCUGGACCUAAUGGGAACAGCUACUAUUGUAGCUCCACAUUCUGAAAAUAUCGGCUUGAUGUGGUUCCUUUUUGUUAUGCAAGGCACAUUUGAAGGAGUGAUCAAUAUAGCUGGUCAAAAGCUUAUUCUGGAAAUUUGGCAAGAAAAAGCGUCAUCUCCUCUUUUUCUUUUACACUUUGGAUUUGGAAUUGGGUCCUUUAUCGUUCCACAGAUUGCAAAUCCUUUUCUAGCUGUCCUUAAACCCAGCGCCGCAGCGAAUGCCACUAACAUCACCACGGUCGUACCUAUAUCAACAACGGAGACAACCGAAUUACUGAGGGAGUCCAGAAUAGAGUGGGCAUACCUCAUCGUUGCUUUAAUUGCCGUAGGGGUUUCAUUUGUGUUUUAUUACUACCAGUUCUGCGGUAAAUGGUCAAGGAAUACUCAAGCCAGUAAAUCUAAAAGUGAUACGGAUGCUCAGCUAACAAUCCGCGAAAUAAUUGAUCCUGCAACAUGUGCAAAUGGGAAUCGUCUGUUUGGUAUACACGUCCUGGGACUUCUCUUUCUUUUCUUUUUUAAUUGUACUGGCGGUGAACGAGUUUAUGGUAAAUUCAUUCGCAGUUUCGCUAUUGACCACAACAAACUAGACGGAGAUGAGGCAUCUCUGAUGAACAGCUCCUUCUGGAUUAGUUUUGCUAUUGGGCGUUUUUCUGGAUUUGUUGCUGCAAACUGGAUUUCCAUUCGGAUUAUUGUUUUGAUAGAGGCAACAGGAGCAAUGGUCUCCGCGGUUCUUCUCAACAUAUUUGCAGAGGACAGCACUACGAUGCUAUGGGUCCUAACGCAGCCAAUGGCCUUCUUCAUUGCCCCUUGUUUUCCGUCCGGUGUUGGAUGGGGCGAUUUUCAUAUUCAUAUGUCUGGAGUUGGAAUAACUUUUCUCCUUUUAGGAGGAGCGUUAGGUGGUGUUUGCUACAUGUGGAUCAUAGGGUACUUGUAUGAGAACAACGGUCCUCUUUCUUUCUUUCGCACUAUACUGGCCUAUGGGAUUAUAAUGUGUGUCCUGGCUUUCAUAAUGCAUUUCUCGACCUGGGGUAAAGGGCAUCGAUUUAUAAAGGAGACAAAAGAAGUCGAGGUAGAGGCUGUGGAUCCAAAAGCCGUGAAUCUUAAAUUUGAUGAGAAGUUGCAUAGUGAGAAAUUAUAAUUAUAAGCAAAAUCCAAUAAUUAUUAUCAUUUUGAAGAAUUCUUAUCAUUAUCAAUAAAGAUUGUUUUCAUUA